CGUCUUUUGUGUCCUCACUAAAGCAAGGGAAGAAUACUGCAGGUUUUAGUGGGUUGAAGUUCCAUAAUUCCUGAUCAGGAGCUAAAUAUAUGUCUGUAAACUCUGGCAUCUUGGAGUGGAACCACUGAAGCCCCUUCUCCUCUGCUUCCAACGAGAACCAGCUAGAGCCAGCUGAUGGCGACAACCCCCACUGUCCUUCAUUGCCACCAGCGGUCAUCAUGGACACUGGCUUUCCACUGGACUGAGCAGGUGCACUGAUUGAGGCUGCAGCAGUAUCUGUACCUGAGAAACCGGGGUAGUGAUGGGACAGGUGGGGAAAGAAGCACCGGCAUCUCAGGAUGGGUCCUAACCGAAGCCACUUUGAGCUUCCAGCGAAUUUUCCAUGCUCUUUAUCCUUCAGACAGGUGGCUGCUCCAAGAACCCUCCUUAUCGUUCUCGUCCCCUCCAGGACAGAAAAUAUUGAGAAGCAGAGGGGGAAGAGAAGGGAUCGGGGCCUCCAUGUCUGGCAUUCCCCUUAAGUAAUUUUUGCUCACAUAUCCAUGGUGCUGCCCCACAAUUUGAGAAGCACUCCCUUAGACACUACUGUCAUCACCAUUGUUUGUCUGUUUGUUUGUUUUUACUAUUCUACAUGACCUGUUUUUGAAAAUUUCAGGUGCUUUGCUUAAAUAUCUGCCAUCCUUCAAGUUUAAACCACUUUUCAUUUCAAAAUGGAUUUUUGGUGCCUUUGUUUGAAUACCUGAAGGUGACAUAUAACUUCUUGCAAGCAAAUUCUGACUGAUCUGUAUAGUAAGCCAUGAAUAUAACCACUUUGAGUCAGCAUAGUGUGUAGUAUAAAUUUGAAGAUGCAAUGAAGAGACCAAUAUAGAAAGUCAAAUAUGCUAUUGGUUUUUAGAAGAGAUUUCUGAAUGUUUUAUCUUUCUAUGCGUUCACCCACAAUUAUUUAUUAUAUUUUCCCUACUAGAGUAGUUAAUAAAGCAUAUACCUUGUAAUUCCAUGUAAAUACAUCAUAGAGAGCAUUUCAGAAUUUUUAUAAGUCAUAGAAUAGAAACCACAGAAAGUUAACUUUUUGAAAUUUGUGUGUGGGGGGGGGGGGCAAGCAAACUUCCCAAAAUGAAAAGAACCUUUCUAUCUUACUUCUGUUCAAUAUCAGCAUGUAUUAAUAUAUACAUUGUCUCUGAAAACAAUAAAUUAUAAAAAAUAAAAAUACAAAAGCUUCUAGCUUCAUUGACAGUGGAAUCUUUUGUAGGAUUGUCAUUACUUUGUUCCAUCUCAUUCUCAGUGAUAUUUGCCCCUUCACUGAGGAGAGGGUUGCUUUUUAGCUGGAAAAUACAUGCUAAUUAGGAAAUGUGUAUGGACAUAUAUUUGGUGUGCUUCAAAGCUAUUUUUCUAUAUACGUCAAAGAAAUAUACAGAUGCACACGUGCACACAGUGUUUUUCACUCUAAAGAAACCAGUGUUGUGCAGACAUUUAUCCAGGCUUCUCAGGUUAGCUCCAAAUCUGUUUAUCAUCCGUUUCUUCUUCGUGGUCUCUGCGAAUCACAUAAAUGGGUUAUUCUGCGCCUGCGCAGCAAUACUCGGAAACUUCGAGAAUCUCUGGGCAGAAUGCAAAGUAACUUUCUGCAACUUUUUUGGCGGUAUCCCCGCCCACCCCUAUAUAAAGCCCCUAGCGGCCCGCUCUCCUUCAGUUCCUUCAUUCCGCCACGCUAAGCAGCUCGAGGAACUUCGCUAGCAAUCGGCUACCAUUUGGACUGAAUCUCUGGCAAAGACUGACCACCGGCUUGACCCACUGACCAAUCCAUAUGGACUUCCCUCGAAUUAGACGCUCUGUGCUUCUUUCGGCUUGACCUGGACUGGUAAACGACCUCGACCUCCGCUCUCACUGGCUGUUAUGGCCUCUUUUAAGCGGUGCUCCAAGUGUGGGGUAAAAAUCCCCAUGUCCGAUGGCCACGACAAGUGCGUCCUUUGCCUGGGGGAGACCCAUAUCCCAGGCUCUUGUGUUCAUUGUAAGGCCAUGACGUCCCAGGCCCUGAAAAACCGGGACCAAAAAUUGAAGGCCUCCCUUUACGAGAAGGUCUUCCAACCAUCAACCUCCUCGGGAGAGCCAGCUCCCCAAGAGCCGUCUGUGUCCCAUGCCGAGAAAACAAAGGCUCUGAAGAGGAGGCAUGAGGAUAAGCAAAAAUCCUCCAAGGAGGACAAGGAGAAAAGGCACAAAUCCUCUAAGGAGGAUAAGGGACCAGGCGGACUAGGUCAGCUUCCCCGGUCCCGAAGAUGAGGCGGAAGGGGCCGCCAAGUACAGUCUCGGUUCCGCCUCCGGACCGUAGGACUGUGGCUACCCCGAUCCCGGCUUCAAGCUCCGCUCCUCCACCUCUGGAACCGAGGGUCUUGCUUGCGCCUCAUCUCUCCAUUCCUGAUGAGGACCUCCAGAUAGUCACCCUGGACCAUAGCUCUGAAUCGGAGGGUGAAAUCCCGGAUUCCGACCCGCCUGCUUCACCCCGCAGACUGAGGUCGCCUUCUAAAAGCUCCUGUCGGGCCCGGUCUCCCUUACGCAGGGACAGAGCUGCCCUCGGUACCGAAGCAGAUGAGGCCUUGAACCAGGACCGUGACGACCGUGACUUACCGGAUAGAGACCUCUUUGAUACCUAUCCGGACCUGGUCUAUGAUCAUCACUCCGGGCAGUACUUCCUGCCUGUGGAUCCUUCCCACCUCCGGAAACGUUGUCCGGGCCCGACCAGGGUGAGGCCUCGCUCUCCGUGGCAAGACACCACUCGCAAAUCGGACGACUUGUUUAUGAGGAGACCAUUUUCUGAGAGGGACCUCUCGCCACCUAGCCGUCAACCGAGCAGGUAUGUUUCGAGAUCUCCAUCCAGAUCCCGUUCUCCAUCUCCAUUCCUCAAGGAAGACCAACCUUAUGUCUUGGGGUCCCGGACGCCCCUUCACCAUCUGAUGACGUGAGGUCUUUUGCAGAUAGGGUCGUCCG